AUGAUGCAGUCACCGAGCGGCGACUCACAUCAGCUGAACACUAAUAGAGUGUAUGCAGUUGGCAAGGCCGCAAGGAGCGGGCCCUCGCGUAUUGCCCUCGUGGCAGCGCAGGGAUUGGCGCUAGCUGCAGCGUUCGCACCUUUUUCUUGCCAUUCUUGGAUACCCGUCGGCUCCUGUAGACAAACCCACCUAUUACGCGAGAGACGGAACUCACCUGGUUAUGGCGUGUCGAACGAUGGUUCAGUUGUGAUGUAA